AUGGCGAAACAUAAUGCUGUGGGGAUUGAUUUGGGAACGACCUACUCGUGUGUCGGAGUUUUCAUGCACGGGAAGGUGGAAAUCAUCGCCAAUGAUCAAGGUAACCGAACAACUCCGUCUUAUGUUGCGUUCACCGAUACGGAGCGUCUGAUUGGUGAUGCUGCAAAGAAUCAAGUGGCUAUGAAUCCAAAUAAUACAGUUUUUGAUGCCAAACGUUUAAUUGGCCGUAGAUUUGACGAUCCUGCGGUCCAGGCAGAUAUGAAGCAUUGGCCGUUUAAAGUUAUUAAUGCAGAAGGUAGUAAGCCAAAAGUUCAAGUUGAGUACAAGGGUGAGACCAAGACAUUCACUCCGGAGGAGAUUUCAUCAAUGGUCCUACUGAAGAUGAAGGAAACAGCUGAGGCUUUCCUUGGUAGCACUGUUAAGGAUGCUGUGGUGACCGUGCCGGCAUAUUUUAAUGAUUCACAGCGUCAAGCUACCAAGGAUGCAGGGGCCAUCGCGGGUUUGAAUGUUCUUCGUAUCAUAAAUGAGCCAACAGCCGCGGCUAUCGCUUACGGUUUGGAUAAAAAAGGGCAUGGUGAGCGUAAUGUACUUAUUUUCGAUCUCGGCGGUGGUACAUUCGAUGUAUCUAUACUGACUAUUGAGGAUGGAAUUUUCGAAGUGAAAUCGACAGCCGGUGAUACCCAUCUUGGAGGCGAAGAUUUUGACAAUAGAAUGGUGAAUCAUUUCGUCGCCGAGUUUAAACGGAAGCAUAAGAAGGAUCUGUCGACGAAUCCGCGGGCUCUUAGACGUCUGAGAACUGCCUGUGAACGUGCCAAGAGAACUUUGUCUAGUUCAUCUCAAGCAAGCAUAGAAAUUGAUUCACUCUUCGAAGGGAUUGAUUUCUAUACAAAUAUCACUCGUGCACGUUUUGAAGAGCUGUGCGCUGAUUUAUUCCGUUCAACUAUGGAUCCUGUUGAGAAAGCCCUUCGUGAUGCAAAGAUGGAUAAGUCGCAAAUGCACGACAUUGUUCUUGUUGGAGGGUCGACGCGUAUACCAAAAGUUCAGAAACUUCUUUCUGACUUUUUCUCUGGCAAGGAACUUAAUAAGAGUAUCAAUCCGGAUGAGGCAGUAGCAUAUGGUGCCGCGGUUCAAGCAGCUAUUUUGUCCGGAGACAAAUCGGAAGCAGUACAGGAUUUGCUUCUGUUGGAUGUUGCCCCACUUUCGCUCGGUAUUGAGACUGCAGGUGGAGUUAUGACUGCGUUAAUUAAGCGUAAUACUACAAUUCCCACGAAAACAGCGCAGACGUUUACUACGUAUUCCGACAACCAACCUGGUGUUUUGAUUCAGGUCUUUGAGGGCGAGCGCGCAAUGACUAAAGACAACAAUCUUUUGGGGAAAUUUGAAUUGUCAGGUAUUCCUCCGGCCCCUCGUGGUGUGCCGCAGAUUGAAGUCACUUUCGACAUUGAUGCGAACGGUAUAUUGAAUGUAUCUGCACAAGAUAAAUCGACCGGAAAACAAAAUAAAAUUACGAUUACAAAUGAUAAAGGUCGUCUCUCAAAAGAUGAGAUUGAACGUAUGGUUCAGGAGGCAGAAAAAUACAAAGCAGAUGAUGAAGCACAAAAAGAUCGCAUUGCUGCUAAGAAUGCGCUGGAAUCGUAUGCCUUUAACAUGAAGCAGACUAUUGAUGAUGAGAAGUUGAAGGACAAAUUAUCUGCGGACGAUCGUAAGAAAAUUGAAGACAAAUGUGAUGAGAUCAUCAAGUGGCUGGAUCGUAAUCAGACGGCGGAGAAAGACGAAUUUGAGCAUCACCAAAAGGAAUUGGAGGCAGUUUGCAAUCCGAUUAUAACCAAGAUGUAUCAAAGUGCAGGCGGAAUGCCAGGUAAUCCAGGAGGAUUCCCCGGCGGUGGUGCACCAGGAGGCGGUCAUCAGGGUGGAGGAGGACCAACAAUCGAGGAAGUUGAUUAA